CUCGCUCCUGCUCUGGUUCGCACUGGCAGCACACGCCGUGGUGGCUGCGAGGACCGUGCCCGCUUCAGCUGGCGGCGUGGCGGAGGCCUCACUUCAAGCCGCCGCCACCACGGAGAAGGGCGCAGGUGACAGCAGGAGCGCGCGUGGCGGACGUGAAGAACCUGUUCGUGGGCGUGGGAGGCAUGGGGGACCUGCCGGGCCUCCCGGCCGUCGGCGGCGGCUACGGCGGGGGCUUCGGCAACAACGGAGCCGGCUUCUUCACCGGCGUUACGGGUCCGCUUGGCGGCGUUGGGGGCGGCGUGGGGAGCAUCACUUGGCUGCAUGGCGUGGAGGGAGCUGGCGGUAUCUCUAUCGGAGGGUUCGCUGGUGGUGGCAUCCCGUUCGGCGGGCUCGGAGGCAGGCACGGCAGCGGAGGCGCCGGCGCCGUGGCACCUUGAGUACGUCGUCUCGGCCGAGCUGGCUAGGGCGCUCUGCGACGUGCAUAUACUUGCGUGACCAUAUAUGCACCUUAUAUGAAAAAAAAUUAGUAAUUCAACUGAAAGUAAAAAGUUUUUGAUUUUUUUUAAAUAAACUUGACCUUUCACAGAAAAAAUAUCCUUUUGACUU